GCUAGCUGGGGCAUACAGCUGCGAUGUCUCGCAACGGGGAGUUUCAACAUAACAGGCGCUCAUCGACCUACUCUAUACCACGCAAACCGCUCCGAACUGUCUCUGCUACAAGCUCUUGCUUAGACUCUAUCUCAACCAGCAGUCAUCCAACACAAGACAGGCAGAUAUACUCUAUUAUAUCCCCGUAUUACGAGGACUUCUCUUCAGCGAAAGAAGAUCGCCCCUCUAACGCACUCAUCGACAAUGAUCAGGAACUCGCUGAUAAACUCAUACCUGAUUUCGAUAGCCCGCCAGCUUUGCCCUUACUGAACGAGACUAGAGAGGGUGUGUAUGAAACGGUCAACCUAAGGGAGGGUAUUGAUCCCGCAAACGAUAUUCAACCGGAUUUACCUCAUCCUCAUCAUAUUAAAGGGAUCGAAAGUGAUGAGAAAUGUCCAGAAACGUCGACGGACACGAUUGAAAAAGCCAUGUCCGAAGACGGUUCUAAAGACGAAUUGAGACUCGUCCCUGUUUCCGAGAAAGAGCUCCCAGACUGGAGACCAAACUCCCUCAGCUGGACACCUUACGUUGCGUUUCUGAUCCUCCUGAUCCUCAUUACCUACUCCUGUCUGUACUGGCGCUCAAAGGUUCAUGGCAUUAUUACCCCUGUUCACAGCAAAUAUGACUGGAUAUUCAGGUUCGGUCCCGCCUUUCUUGCCGUAUUAAUACAGGAGAUUGUACUACGUAUGGCCACAGAUCUGAAGUCAGUCCUACCCUUCAUUGCUGCUGCCUCACGGCCCGUUGAUCACAUUCGCCGGAGACCCCUCGCUCGUUUCACCGAACGGAAAUGGUAUGAUGGCUUCCAUAUAGAUCAUUUGUUCCAGGCCACGACUUUCCUGGUCCGGUACUGCACCUUCAUCCUGGUCCCAUUACAAUCAUCCUUGUUGAGCAUGGGGAGCAGGCACUACAGCACUCACUCUCGAUCAUUCCAGGUUGUAGAUGCGGACAAGUUAGUUUCCUCCCUAAAUCAUACUCGCAUUCCUGGGCUUGCGCUAGAUUCCAUCUGGCACGGAGAGCCGGUCGCACCUUUCAAAUGGCUCAGCUUCAUGAACGAGAACCCCUAUCAUCAUGAGGUCACUGUACAACCGGAUUAUGUGGGGGUAAUGCCAUUCGUGCUUGAUAACAGUAAUUCCUUCUCAGAUCCAGACCAGUUCACAACUUGGAAGGUCCAAACCUCUGCGAUCUAUGGCUACAUGAACUGCACACAAAUAGAUGAAAUACAAUUGUCCGUAGCGCAUAUUUGGAUAGGCACUUCUGGACUCAAAACGGAUCGAAUGUCGGUUCGUCUUGUUGAUAAAGAGGGAUGUACCUUCGAGCAAACAUGGGCGAACGUUUCUUCCGCUUCUGGACCUAGCGUAGAGAAUCCCAUUACUUGGGAUGGAAAUUUUGCACUUUGGCAGACCCUAGACGGCCAUCAAGGCAACCAUACGAAAUCUUCCCCCUGCCCGCGGUACAAACAUUUCAUCGCAACGGGACCUCUUACUGUCCCUUAUACAAUCGAUCCCAAAAACGAGUCAAAAAUCGCGCAUACUCGAGAAGGAUCCCAUUGGGCAGCAAUGUCAUGUCAACCGCGAUACAAUAUCAUCCGAGACGGCAUCAUUUAUGAAGUCGACGCAGAUGAUCAAACAUUCGGGGGUCAUGCCAGUAUUAAGUUUGGUGAUGGGGAGAUGCGCCCUGAUGAUGAGCGACUCGAUUAUCCUAUGAAACGCAACUUCCUCGACAGUAGCCUAGUCUACAAUCUCUCCAGCCCUGUGUUCCGCCGUACAUUCUGGAAUGCUCCUAUGCCGAACGCUUUCGGGAGUUUUCAAACGAACUUUUCGGAGCUAUACGGCGACACUGAUCGGGAAGGGUGCAAGGAUGUGACAACUGAGUGGAACAAAUGGGACAAUGACAACGCUUGCCAGAUGUAUCUCAACGUCGCGACGCUAUGGCCGCUCCUCGUAGCUGGGAUGGUAUCCCUUUCGGCUCUAUACGUCCCUCUCGAAGAUCAAGUCACAAAAUCUGGUUUAGUCCAUACUUAUCGAUUUGGAUGGUAUCUCACUGGCUGGGAACUCACAUACACCACAAUAUUGCACUUUGUGCUCUUAUGGCUCAUCACAAAAGAGCGUGUACUCCACUUACCAAGUUGGUUUAGGCACAUAUUGUGUACCUCAAGGUGGGGGCAGUCGAAAUAUAAGACAGGACUGUAUGGGACGCCGUCAUCCAUCGCGGGACUUGCAUUCGUUUUUCAAGACAGGUCCCUACAACCACUGUUUGAACGCCUAGACACCAUGAAACCUUCUCUUGCUGUCAAGAAAAGCCGGAAGAGGUUCGAUGAGUCCGAACUUCUUCUGCGUAAAUGGAGGGUAGCCUCAGACGAAGAUCCGAAAAAUUCGGACGUCUCCUAUGCAAUGAUCAGACCAAGGAACGGCAGGUUGGAGCUUCGCAAUGAGAACAGGCUUGCAGCAAGCGGCCUUGCGCUCUUUCUCGCCGACAAAGGAACUCGAAUGAAGCAUGUGCUGCGGAAGAUCAAAUUCUGGGAAUCCUCGGACCGGAGUGCACGCAGACUAAGAUAUGGACGAGUACCGCCUAUCCUUCACCCUCUACUCUUAAUGUUCAUCUUCUUGGGCACCAUGGCAAUCAUUGGUGUGGUGUACAAGUUCAUUGUCCGUUCCCAUAGCUCUGGUUUCCAAAUGUGGUUCCAACCCACCUAUGCUUUGUCUCAGCGUUCGAGAGAUGAAGUAUUGCGCUAUGUACAGAAGGCGCUAUUCAAGGGAUUACCCACAUUAGUUCUAGUCAGCAUUGGGUUCUGGUGGGAGUCCGUCGAACGGUUUUAUCGAGCAACCCAGCCUUAUGCCUCACUGGCAAAUGGCGCCAACGGGAGGAUGUCUGUUUGUUUGGACUAUAUCCAUUCGUUCCACAUAACAGCGUCAAUCAAGGCCUUGCGGAAUGGACACUUCCUCCUCGCAUAUGUGACUUUUACCAGUUUUGCGGUCAAAUUGGGAGUCGUGCUCACCUCUGGCAUCUUCUCCAUGAACGAGAUUGGCCACAACCCGGGCCGCGACCUCCCCUUGUCCAGGAAUUGGAGGGACGGAACUUUUGUCAAUAUCGCUGACGAUAAUCUCCGGACCAAUUUAAAACACUACGCCCUAUCCCGCGCAGUCUUCGGCAAUCCACAUACUCCUGGUUGGAAAUUUGAACCGUGGGUGUUUCCCUCGGUGAGGCUAGACGGUCCGCAGUUCCAACUGAAUCUUACGGGUCUCGCGAGCUUUCUCGAAUGCAGUACUGCAGAUACGAGCUUUUUGAAGGUUGGGCCGAGCAAUUACACUGCAUCCUUGAAGGAGGGAGACUGUCUUGGGAAUACAUGGAACAAUAUUUGCCUGCCAGCGGCCGGGUUUAGCGGUCAAGAUCGUCCUCAGAACUUAGCGGAGGCAUGCAUGAGCUGGCGAUAUAUCGAUGAAGCCAACUGCUCUAAACUAUCGCCUGGUAGUGGCGGUCGGUGGUGGAUCAUGAGUAUUAACGGCACCCUAGACCCGCACUCUCAAGACCUUACCUUUCUCUCGGAUACUCGAUACAUAUCAUUGGUCUGUCGACCGGUAAUCUAUAAAGGCAACACGGCUAUGUCAGUAGUAAGGAAUGGCAAUGGGGAGGUGUGGAUCAAUGAAUUUGUCUCUAGCAUUAAAGAGGUUGCAGCGAACAGUACCUGGAUGGCGGACACAGAUCCUUCGCUCGACCUCAUCACAUACUCCUCACGUCUGCUCAACGAUACCUUUGCAGGAGAACUCUAUCCCGCAACCGAUGAGGCCUGGUUCGAUUACUUCAGUAUCAUCACAGUCAUGGGAUCGAUCGGUGGCACCGAUAUGCUUUUCAACAACGCCACCGCAAUGGCUAACGCUGUCUCUGAUACAUACUCAAGGGUAUUUUCAGCCCUCAUCAGCCAAAACAUAGCCAGCAACGAAACCGGAGAAGGCUCUACCGUUCUGCUCCAGGCCAUACCAACCAGUGCUACAAAACCGCCUCUCAUCCCUGUCUCACCAUUUGCCGACAUGGCAACUGUGGCUCUCGUACCUCUUUACUUCGCAACUGGUAUCCUCGGAUUCUACUGCUCUGCCAUAAUUUUCAUAUGGCCUCGCCGAAAACGCCGCAUGCCGCUGGACAUAUCAUAUCCCGCAAAUGCUAUGACCUUAGUUUAUGACAGUUCUUUAUUGGAUAUCAUUCGGAAUUGUAGGGAGACAAGCGGCUUCAAGGCUCUUCAUAAGCUGCAAUUUUCGAUAGGUCGUUAUCAAGGAAUGUCCGGGGAGAUGCGAAUUGGGAUUGAUUUGAAAGAACGGGUUACAGAGAUUGGGAUGAGGGAACGAUUUUGUGGGUUGUGUUAGCGUUUGGGGAGUUGGAUUUGGGAGAUGGCUGUUACGAGCAAAGAAAGGAGUUCUCUCCGCAUACCCGG